AUGUGGAGCUAUCAAGAAUUUGAAACACUUGUUGGUGAAGACAUGGACAUCUUCCUCGCAAACUAUGUCGAGUGGAGGAACUAUUUCAAGCCCCUUAAGUUUAUGCAAAUUAGGUUUCCCUCAGUCUCCUCUUCUCCUUCUCUCUCUCUGUCUGCUUCUCUUCUCUCAGACGCAGCAGACCACGCCGCCGCUCCUUGCCGUCGACAACGAAAAUCACGCAGCGCACACCUCAAAUUUCAAAUUUCAAUCAAAGAUGCACAAGAAUGUCGAGUCAGCUUUAGCAAAGUUUUGACCAGGAGGAAUGAGUUCCAGAAGCUAGGGAAAGACCUUGACUAUGCUACAGGCACAGAUAGACAUUAUAACAUCCUGGGGCAGCUGAAGGAAUCCUAUCGUCAGUGUGGAACGAUCAAUGCACUCCUUUUAACUUCAAUGCUACACAUAUACGCCUGA